ACUGAGUGGUAGUGGAAACAGCACUGCCCUGGUGUGCAGUGACCGCUCUGCGAGUCGGGAAGAGGGGCUGGGGCUUGCGCAGCCAUUCCUUGACCCCCAGGCGCUGUCCCACGCUCUGACCAGCUGGGUUUCGAGCCAUAACCUGCACACCAGUGUCCCCAGCACACACACGAGGCACUUUCCGGCCCACGCAGAGGACUGUGGAGGCCCAGGCCAUUUCCAGCGGGGAGGGAAGGAGCGGACGAGGUUUGCAGGACCACGAGGGUGGGUACUGACCCCCGUCCGGUCUUGGCUCAGCAGGUCCAGGGCGCUGGACCGAGUUUUGGGGGCGUUUAGCUCUCCAGCUGCCGCUGGGCCCGGGUCAGCCCCGUGCGCCUCUGAGCCGGGCAGCAGCGCCUCCAGGGGCACAGCUCUGAGCGGCGUGGAGGGCACGGCGCCCUGGGGGACAGAGCUGGGGCCUCGUUCAGGCCCCCACUCCGGCCCGCCGAGGACCAGGCUUCUGCCGCGGACCAGAGUGGGCGGAGCCUCCCCUCCGGCACCCAAAGGGUUACAAGUUCAGAUCCGAGUGGCGCCCAACAGCACAGCCAUCUUCCGCGGCGGGGUCCCCCUGCAGGCCGCGUCCGGCCCGCCUCUGAAGCCCGAGGAGGCCCGGGCACCCCUAGCAGGCCCUCACCGAGCUGGCCUGCGAAGCACAAUCAAUCCAACAUGCCACUGGGCAGCCUCUGGAGAGCUGCGAGACAGAGGAAUGUGGAAAAGAGCGGACUCGCCCUCAGGGUGUCAGGCAGGACUCGAGGAUGCCAAGACAUCUCCCAGAGAGGAAAAGCACUGUGAAGACAGGAAGGUGGCCUUCUGCAAGCCAGGAACAGAGUUCUCACCAGAAAUGCAUCCUAAUGACACCUUCGUUUUGGACUUUCAGCUUCCAGAGCUCCUCCGUGCUCGUGCAGCCUGGAUGCUCUUAUCCGGUCUGAAGCUCAUAAAACUUUCAAGUGGUCUCCAGGGGCCAGGAAUGUCUUGGGCUUUCCUCGUGAUGACCGGGAGAAGGCCUCUUACCCACCGGCACCACCCAAAUGUCCUGAGUAUGACUGUGGAGGCAGGAAGAGCUCUUAAUGUCCCAGAAACGGUGGGGAGAGUGAGCACACACCGAGGAGGCACAUCAGAAACGGCCGUGAGCACACCAGGUGUCUCCAAUUCUCGCCCCUUCGCCAUGUGGGUCUCCCUCGCGGACUCCGCUCACUCCAGGCUGCCGGCAGGGGGCGCACGAAGCCGCCUUUCAUCCGGGCUCAGCCUGCCUGGUGCGCGUGCGCGCUGUGCCGUCGACACCUCGUGCGCAGUCGUCCAGGAUGAGGAGGCGCCGGGGCCGAUGUUGGGUGCAUCGUGCCUCGUGCGGCAUCCCGUGGAAGGUCGGAGUCCCGAGCAGCUUGCUGAGCUAGCUCGCUUCUCCCGGCUCUGUCUGCUUAGUCUUCGGACUGCCCUUGGUGGGGAUCCACAGGAGGACGGAGCCGCCGAGUCGCAGACAAUGCAGCCGCAGGUGUGGGGGGGCUCUUCCUUAGGAGCCGACACCUGUGUUUCCCAGGAGGGAUCAGUGACCUUCAAGGAUGUCGCUGUGGACUUCACCCAGGAGGAGUGGGCCCUGCUGGACGCGUCCCAGAGGCAGCUGUACAGAGACGUGAUGCUGGAGAACAUCGGCCAGCUGGUCUCCGUGGGGUAUCAACUGUGCAAAUCAGAUGUGGUUUCCCAGCUGGAGCAAGGCGUGGAGCUGUGGAGGGCAGAACGAGGAUUUCCCCAAGGCCUGAGUCCAGACAGGGAAAGACAAGAAAUAAUAUCCAUACAAGAUAUCUGCAGAAAGGAUCUGUCUAAUUGCACGUCAAUGGUCAGAGAAGGAGAGGGAGGGGAUGGAAGGCCGGAAGACCAGGACGCCGGGCCCGAGUCGUGGGAAGAUACUGCAGAAGGAGAAGUGAGUACAGACAUGAUUGCAGGUGCCUGUCAUCAAACCCUGCUGCUCUGAGAUCUGAGGCCCUCACUGCCUGGGCGGUGCUGGAAGAAAUGUAACUUUGUUUUCACCUCAGUCAUAUUUGAUUUCUAAUAUGUUAAUUAAAACAAUUUCUAACGUG